AUGGACUCCCUCACUCAUCGGCCAUGGGAGCAUCAACCUCACCACCCUCCCUCGGGCCCCCAAACCCCCGCCGCCUCCUCUCAGACUUUGCCCUCUAUAUCAACCUUGACGGCUAAUAUGAAUGGGGGCUCAGGCCCAGUCCCCACCGAGAAAUCCCCUGGCAACGCUUCUCUCAACACCAUCGAACGGGACUCGGGGAAUUGGUCCAUGCCGCAAAGCACAAGUAAGUCGACUCGUCUCGAGGCGGAUGGCUUGUCGCAUACUGACCAGUUGGACCCGACAGGAUCUUCUACCUACUCAACUGCGACCAAUGGCACUGCCAAUCACCUCAACCAAGUCCAUAACCAGAACAACAACUAUCCCUCGCUCAACUUUCUCACCUCCACCUCGCAACCAUCUCCCAACCGCAAUCACAUCGUGCCAGACCGGUCGCCCUUCGGUCACGACCAAUCGACCACUCCCUCCUCCGCUGGCGCAAAUCACCCCUCGCCUGGUUUCCACUCGUCGCAGCCCAAUUCCGCCUUGCCCUCGAUCAAUCAAAACUAUGACGCUUCCUCGCAGCGGGGGAGUGUGGUCGACGUCUCCGAGUCGCGACGCAGCAGCGUGGAUAGUCGCAUGAACCAAGGCAUUAGCUCCCUGGCCAUCAACCCGGCUUCUCCCUACCACAGCACCAAUGCCUCGCAAUCCUCAAUUCCCUUGUCGCCCUUGGGACCUCGGCCAAGCGAACUUCGAAAUUUCGCUGGCGGUCGCACGGCACCGGCGAUUUCUUCGAAUCCUCGAUCGGAGAUUUACAAUGCCGAGGCACCAACGGCUGGUAUGGCCUACGCCUUUCCCGACCCGGACGUCGCACGAUCAAGCUCCAUUUCCUCCAACGAGAAGUCCAAUCCGCCUUUCUCGAGGAAGGGAAGCACAGCCGAAUCACUCAGCAGCUUGUACUCGGAGUCGCGUAUGCCGCGGGGACAACAUGAACUGCCGCCAAACGUACACCACCACUCUCUACAGCACAAGCAGGUCCGCGACUUGAUAGGCGAGGCGGAUCCAUCCGGAAACACACCCUACAGCCGGACUCCCGAAUUACGCGUCACGCAUAAACUCGCCGAGAGGAAGCGCCGGAGUGAAAUGAAGGACUGUUUCGAAGCUCUCCGCGUGCGCCUUCCCCAUGCCCAGAACAACAAGUCGAGCAAAUGGGAGACCUUGACUCGAGCGAUCGAGUAUAUCAGCUCGCUAGAGAAAUCGGUCGGUCAGAUGCGUCGUGAAACUUCCAUCCUCCGCAACGAGGUGGACGAACUACGCGCCCAAUUGAAUCAACAGCAAGGCAAUGGGCCUUCGCGAUCGGCUUCCAUCUACGACCAUCCGAUGGUAUCUACGCCAACGAAUGGACAGGCUCCGCCGGGUCCAGUUUUCGCCCAAUUCGGGAACGGAGUUCAGCAGAUGGAGCAGCAACAGCAACAGCAACAGCAACAGCAACAGCAACAGCAACAGCAACAGCCGCGCACGCUGCCUCCGCUGAUGAAUGGCUCCGUCGCCCCGAUGCAGGGAAUUCAGUAUACCGAUGAGCGACGGUGA